AGGCGUAGAUCGACUAGAUCCGCGUGCAGACGUGCACAAAUGUGGCGGAGCCGAACCCAUUCGUGUGAUCGUGUCGACACCAGCCCCUCCUCUAUAUAAAGCCUUACUCUUUCGACUCGACUUCGAAAACCCUAGAACCCGCGCCGCCGCCGCCGCCGCCGCCGCCGCCGCCGGUCCUCCUCACUGCUCGCCGCGCGUUGCAAUGGGUAUCGACCUAGUCGCCGGCGGCCGGAACAAGAAGACCAAGCGCACCGCGCCCAAGUCCGACGAUGUCUACCUCAAGCUCCUCGUCAAGCUGUACCGCUUCCUUGUUCGGAGGACCAAGAGCAACUUCAACGCUGUGAUCCUGAAGCGGCUCUUCAUGAGCAAGACCAACCGCCCGCCUCUCUCGCUCCGCCGCCUCGUCAACUUCAUGGAGGGCAAGGAGAAUCAGAUUGCUGUGAUAGUGGGCACCGUGACUGACGACAAGAGGGUCUAUGAGGUACCAGCAAUGAAGGUGGCUGCGCUCAGGUUCACUGAGACGGCCAGGGCCCGGAUUGUGAAUGCUGGUGGCGAGUGCCUCACCUUUGACCAGCUUGCGCUGCGUGCCCCGCUGGGCCAGAACACGGUUCUGCUGAGGGGACCUAAGAAUGCUAGGGAAGCUGUGAAGCACUUUGGCCCUGCGCCUGGUGUGCCCCACAGCCACACGAAGCCAUACGUGCGCUCCAAGGGCAGGAAGUUUGAGAAGGCAAGAGGAAGGAGGAACAGCAGAGGCUUCAAGGUCUAGGUUGUCGCCAUAUCUAUGUAUUCUGACCUGGUUGACCAUCUUGUUUGAGUCAUAGAGUUGGUAUAUGAUAUUACACCCCAGUUCCAGGACGUUUGAGAGCUCUUUGUUGUUUGUACACCAGUUCAGGAUCUGCAAAAAUUUGCUCGAUUGGUUUGCGCCCUACUUGAAGUUCCAAGUGACAAAAGCACAAUAGGGUGCAUCUCAUUGGAUCCAUUAAUGUCUGUUUGGAGAACGUCCCAUGUUAUCCUUUUGUGUUCGAGUCGCAUUCAGUUAUCCUACAAAGAUGAAGUUGUGAUGUAUCCACUGAAUCA